CAGAGUUUACAGACGGUUACCAAGAAGUCGGUGUGAGGCCUAAACAUGGACCGUGUUGGAAAGGUAGGAGACAAGAAGGUCAUUUCAUUGACAAUAUUUCUAAUGCAUAAUUUGAUCUUUUGGAAAAAUAUUUGUGGCAUCUUUGAAAGCUUGAAAAACGAUUGAUCUGUUUGAAACAUGCUAAGUUUAGCUAUUUGCUAACAGCAGGAGCCAGAUGCAUUACGGCUUUCCCAGCGUAGCUUUUUUGCAAAUACUUAAAAUAUCCUCUGCAUGUCUUCUUCCAGAUUGUGUUUUACGAGGACAAAAACUUCCAGGGUCGCUAUUAUGAGUGCAGCAGCGACUGUCCAGAGCUGAACACCCACUUCAGCCGCUGUAACUCCAUCCGUGUGGAGAGCGGGGCCUGGGUCCUGUACGAGAGGCCCAACUACCAGGGCUACCAGUACGUCCUGGUCAGAGGGGAGUUCCCAGACUACCAGCGCUGGAUGGGCUACAAUGACAGCAUCAGGUCCUGCAGGCUGAUACGAUAUGUAAGUAUUAAUAAAACCCACAAAAAAGAGCCUUCUGCACUUCGAAAUGGAUGUACUUAUGGAUGUGCCUUGGGCUAACAAACACAAACUGAAGAUUUAAUCAUCUGUGGUCUGAUUAGGGCUAAAAGCUGCAGAUAUAUUACUGGUUUGCAACCGAAAAUACACUUUGAACAGAGCUAUGUUUACAAUUGUAAAGUUGCAGAGGACAGUCCUUCAAUGGUACCCGACAAUGUCCUUUUCUCACAAUAUUCACCCUGGUCUUGAGAGUUUAGUGUGUAAAAGCUAAAAGAGUUCCUGAGUGCUCCGAUAGUUCCUGCUUGGCUUCUUCAAAUAUGAAAGCACCCCAAAAACAAAGACCAAAAUGUGAUGUUCUGGUGUUAAAGUGUUCCUGUACAUAAACUCAAGCAGUGCAAGUUAACCAUACUGCUUUUUGGUUUGUGUACUUUUGCACAUCAUGCAAAUGGGAAUCGUUCUCAUCCUUCAACCAAUGAGAGUCAAAGGGUAGAAAAAUGGUUGGAAGUUCGCACAGUCAACGGAAAACAGGAAAUUUACUCCCCCGUCUUUGUCAAGCAGGUCUCCGGAUCUUCCAUCCUCCGCGUGUACGAGCGUCCUGACUUCAGCGGUCAGAUGCUGGAGUGCACUGAGGACCUGAGCAACCUGCCCGACCACUGGCACUUCAACGAGGUCCACUCCGCCCAGGUGAAGGAAGGCGCUUGGGUCUUUUAUGAGCUCCCCAACUACCGCGGCCGUCAGUACCUGCUGGAGAGAGGCGAGUACCGCCGCUACACCGAAUGGGCCGCCAUGAACCCCAACGUGGGCUCCUUCCGUCACGUCCCCGGCUACUAGCCUGUCUGC